AUGCCAUUGGCCAACAGCUACAUCCCAACAGAGGAGUGUUUCUCACACACAAAUCCUUUUGCACGCGCCCCCCCCCCGCCGGGAAAACAACAAGUUAACGGUAGCAGCAUCCCUCUUAACACCGGCAGCAAGUCAUCGUCUCCCACCGCACUUGGCCUCGUCCUUCAAUUAUCAAUAUUCAGAGAGUUGGUUCAGAAGAACUCAAACUUCUCGGAGGAUGAGAGUACUGACGGAGAAGAAACAAAGGACCAGCCACAGGCUGGUCUUGGUAGUGAUGAUGAGUUCGGUGGAAUUUUCUAUGAUGGAAUUGGCGACAACCCGUUUGCUUGCUCUUUCCAAUUCUGA